CGGUAGUGCAACCAUUUCAUCUCCCAAGAACCUAAGAAGAACUUGCGUGCGCCUCCCGAGGUUCUUUGAUAUUCUUUCUUUUCCCAUUGGUCUUGUUUGUUGGUGAUGUUCUUUCCUGGAGUGAUCACGUUGUGUGGCGCUUUUCAAGAUACUUGGCCACCAAACUUAGGCUCAACUAUGUCCCUCGGAUGCCUUGUGCUUCGAUCGCAUCGCCAGUUGCUCCUUCCGAAGAGAGAGCCGAUGCCAAGAUCUGGGGAAGUAUGGAUAGGUCUGGGGAAACCGGGGAUUCUGGGGAGUCUUGGGCCCAGAUUCUACCGCUAGCGCGCUGAAGGACUGAUGCGAGUCCAUAUAAGAAGCGCUGUAUUCUGUUGCAAACGUCUGCCGCUUCAUCAGGCAUCGCUAUUUGCUCGUGAUACGACUUCCGCUCAACGCAUCGAUUUUCGUGCACUUAUCGGGCAUGGGCGACAAGAUGGGCGACAAGGACACCCUUCAACAUAUUGAGAAAUGCGACACCAACAUUUUGAGUGUUUCUGGUGCCGAGGAGAAGGGCGUCGAAAUCGACUACUCUGGCGCGCAUACCAAAUCAUCUGCCGAAGAGAUCAAGCUUGUAAAGAAACUUGAUUUGUGGAUCAUGCCCACCCUUUGGGUCAUGUUCUGGCUUAAUUACUUAGACAGAAAUGCUAUCGCGCUAGCGCGUCUCAACGACUUAGAAGAAGAUCUGAACCUCGAGCACGAGCAGUAUCAGACGUGCGUGUCGAUCUUGUUUGCUGGAUACAUCAUUGGCCAGGUGCCAUCCAACAUGUUUCUGACGAGAGUCCGUCCAUCGUACUGGCUCAGUGCCUGGAUGGCCAUCUGGGCUAUCGUGUCAGCGCUGACCGCGCUUUCGCACGAUUAUAUUGGCCUGCUUCUCACCCGCUUCUUCUUAGGUUUGACUGAAGCGCCUUACUACCCGGGAGCAUUAUAUCUACUGUCGACAUUCUAUACUCGAAAGGAGGUCGCUACUCGUAUAUCGAUCCUGUAUACAGGCAAUAUUCUCGCCACUGCCUUUGCAGGUCUAAUAGCCGCUGGCAUCUUUCACGGCUUAGAUGGCGCAGCUGGAAUCAAGGGCUGGCGAUGGCUUUUCAUCCUCCAGGGCGUUGUCACGUUCGCAGUGGCUAUUGGCGCUGUCUUUACACUCCCUGACAACCCCUUGACAACCCGCUGGCUUUCGCCUAAAGAACGGCAGCUAGCUCAUGACCGUAUAGCCCGUGAUACUGUGGAUAAGCGCGAAAGUUCUUCUACCUUUGCGGGUCUGAAAGAAGCUGCGCUAGAUUACCGCGUCUGGAUCUUCGCGUUUAUGCAACACAUGCAUUUAGCUGCGAAUGGUUUCAAGAACUUCUUCCCAACAGUAGUUGAAACUCUGGGAUUCAAUACGACGAUCACGCUAGUACUCACAUGCCCGCCCUAUUUGAUUGCUGGCCUUGUGUCUAUCGGCUGGUCAAUAUCCUCGGGCCGGUUCAAUGAAAGGACAUGGCAUAUAACUAUAGCAAAGUUAAUCGCUAUUGCCGGGUUCGUAAUUGGCUGCGUAUCACUUAACACUGGUGUGCGAUACUUUGCUAUGUUUGUGUUCACUAUUGGGACCUAUGCUGUGAACAGCAUUAUCCUUGGCUGGGUCGGUAGCACCUGUGGGCAGACGCAAGAGAAGAAAGCUUCGGCAUACAGCAUUGUUAAUUCAAUCGCUAAUGUUAGUUUCAUUUGGACUCCGUAUCUCUGGCCGAAGAGCGAUGAGCCACGUUAUGCUAUUGCCAUGGGCUCCAGUGCUGGUUUCUCCCUCGCGUGCAUGCUUGGUGCUUGGAUCAUGCGGUGGAAUUUGAAACGCCUCAACAGAAAGAUGCGCCAGUCCAACGACGAACAAACCCUCUUCUAUGCCAUCUAA